AUGCUUGCACCAGGGCAUAUGGCAGUUGAAUGCGAUCAGGUUGAUGGUUUUUAUUCUUGCAUUUUGAUGCGCUAUUGUGAGUAUUGCAGAGACUCCUCAUUGAAAUUUAGCUGGGCUCACAGUAUGGAUGCAUUUAUGGGCAAUUUUUGCUUUGCUCAUGCGAAGAUCGACUCCAGCAACGUUCAAGAAGCGGAAAGGAAGCCUCCAGGAAUGUUAGAUCAAGUGAAGGACCAACUUCAAGUCCUCUCGCUGCAAUCACUGGGAUCAAUGGAAGCACCAGAUGAUGCAAUGGAAGCCAUUGCAGAAGGCGAGGGUACUUCUGACCUCCAGCCUAGGUCAGAGGCUGACACUUCAUGGGCAAAAGGGCUGCAGAUGUCAGCACAAGAAUCUCCUGGACAGGAAGUGCAUGGCCACAGUGGGCAAACAUCCAAAGAUCCGGAUUGGCGAUGCGAGCACAUCCUUGAGGGGCACAAGGACACAGUGUGGUCGCUAGUGGUGACUAAAGAUUGGCUGGUGUCUGGAUCCGGUGACAGAAAAAUUCGUGUGUGGAGAUUGGGGCGUUGGGAGUCCACCCAGUCAGUGUUCGAGGGGCAUACGGGUUGUGUGUGGUCACUGGCAGCCAAUGGCGAAUACCUUUUCUCUGGGUCUUAUGAUAAUACUGUGAGGGUGUGGAAGCUGGGGACCACCUGGGAGUGCGUGCGCAUUCUGGAAGGGCACACCAAAUCGGUGCGGACACUGGCAGCGACAAGGUACCAUUUAUUCUCUGGUUCUUGUGACAAGAGCAUCCGCAUGUGGCGUGUCGGCACGUGGAGCUGCGAGCGCGUGCUUCAGGGGCACACCAGUUACGUGACCUCAUUGGCCGUCAACGACCGCUUCUUAUUCUCCAGCUCUGAUGACCAGACCAUCAGAAUAUGGAGGCGGGGGGAUGGGGAGUGCUUGCGAGUGCUUCACUCCGGUUGGGUGUGGUCUUUGGCGGUCAGCGGCGACUUUUUGAUUUUGGGGGGAGAUUUCAGUGGAGUCAUUGGCAUUUGGAGCCUUGCCACUUGGGAUUGGGUCAGACAGCUGAGCGGGCACACUGGUUGGGUGCGGUCAUUGGCAGUCGGGGCCGGUUUGUUGUUUUCGGGUUCAGACGACAAGACCGUUCGGGUGUGGAGGCUCGGCACUUGGGAAUGCAUCCGAGUCCUCGAAGGGCACAGUGGUUACGUGAUGGCGGUGGCGGUAAUGGGCGAACGCAUUUUUUCUGGAUCUUGGGACAAAACCGUUCGAGUGUGGGACAGAGUGGCGUGA